CUCGGGCAUCUGGCAACUGCCAGGAUGCCGGUCGCAGCGUCCGAAGCCCUUUGAGAAGAUCCUUCAACUCCAUGCCUGGUUCUCCAUCUGUAGAAUGGAAAACAGUGCCUGUGGCGUAAGGAUGUUGGGAAGAAUAAAUGAGUGACUCCAAAUUCCAGCAGUCUUGAUACAGAGAAAGCACUUGGAAAAUAACCAUUAGUAAGAAUGGUGACUUAGGUCUCAAGACUGCAUUGCUUUUCUAAAUUUUAGGCUUUAAAGCAUCGAAUGGAAUCCAUUUGCAUUCGAAAAUUGGACCCACACAAAGACUUGAUAUUGUGGAAUGAUGAGCAAACUGGCGAUGUCAUGUGAUGAGCAAGAAAGGCUCUUGUGUUAUAAUGGGGAAGUCCUUGUUUUUCGAUUGUCCAAAGGAAAUUUUGCAGAUAAAGGGCCUGCAGAAAUACCCGUAUUGCAUGUCAGAAGAAUGGUGUUUGACAGAGAAACAAGUGCAUUUGUUCAGAAGUCCACUGGAUUCUUUAGCAUAAAGGAAGAAAACUCUCAUCACUUCAAAAUCAUGUGUUGCAACUGUGUGUCAGAUUUCAGAACUGGAAUGACCCUCCCUUGUAUUAUGUUACAAGGCAAUGAAAAGAAUAAUGUUUUCAAAUAUUCUCUACUAUUUCUUCACAGUACCAAUAAAUUUGAAAAGUGUUUGAGUUUUAGGCUAGGCCAUGAGUUGAAAGAUAGCAUAAGGGUCUUGAAUGGCCCUUUAAUUUUAUGGAAACAUGUCAAAACAUUCUUCUAUAUCUCUUCCCAAACUGGCAAAGUUAUUACUAUGUCUGCUAACUUAUCAUCUAUUGAUUGGGCAGGAGAGAUUGCAAAUGUAGGUAUAGUUUUAAUAGGACAAAAGAGUUGUUCUUUAUCCGAGGAAGAAAGUACCCCGGAGCCUUCAAAAUCAGAUUACGCAGUUUGGAACACCACCUUUUGUGUAUACUUACUUGAAAGUGAAGAAGUAAUAAGUGAUACGUACAUUAUCCCUCCUGCUUACAGCACUGUAAUAACUCACGUGCAUGUCUGUGCAACGGAGUUUGUCAACAACCAGCUAAGAAUGUCUCUGGUUGCCCUUACUCGAAAGAAUCAGCUGAUUUCAUUCCAAAAUGGGACUCCUAAAAGUGUGUGUCAACUUCCAUCUGGAGAUCCCUGUGAAGUUCAACUUAUGGAUUCAGGCGAAGAUCUCCUUUUCAUUGUAUCCUUUAGGUCCAGUGCUUGUGCUGUUUGGGAAAAGAACUUUCAGGUUGCCGCUCAGUGGGAAAAAACUAGCUUGGCACUUAUAGAUGACUUUAUUGGAACUGGAAGAGAACAAGUACUGGUACUUUUUAAGGACUCCUUAAAUUCAGAUUGCCUGAGUUCAUUUAAAAUAACAAAUCUUGAAAACAUUAACUAUUCGAGCGAAGCACUGGGUUACAAUGAAGAUGACUUAGUUGAAGACAAGCCAGAUAAUCGUUAUUUGAUGAUUCCAGGUCUGGAAAGAAGAGUGAAAAUUGGUUUGGCUUCUAUUCAGGAAGUACAACAACAUCUUUUGCUUAAGGAAAAAAUUGUUUUAAAAUCUUACAAAGCUUUAAUGAACCUGCUUCGAGAAAAAGAAGAUAAUACAUCAAUUGCAGAGGAGGAAUGUCUCGUGACUCUUUGUGGUAAUGAAGAAAGUCCUGUCCAUACUGGUGAUGGCAAGUUAUCAGACAAUUCUCAAGACUCAGAACAGCUAGUAGAGAAGAUAUGGCAUCGUGUAAUAGACGACAGCUUGGUUGUUGGAGUGGAAACUGUGUCUUCUUUGACGCUGUCCCUGAACCAGGUGACUUUAUCAUUGUUAAUGGAUGAACCCCAUUGCUCUAGCUUUCGGUUUAUUAAGUGUCAAAAUAGGCUGAUCAAGUUGUGUAGGGACUCUUUCCUAGCCCCGUGCCCAGUUCCCUGUGAAAUAGGAUCAGAGGCAAAAAGGAUCAAGCUGACUGUCGACAGUGAGGAAGAGGAGAAGAGCUUUGCUUGUGCAGAGCCAUCUGAGAAAGAGUGUGUACAGACCAUCACGGCUGUAACACCGCUUUCGCCGCUUUUAGCGUCCAGUGAGUUUCGGUGCACUCUGCUGCUACAGAUCAGGAAGAGCGAAAACGGUAACUGUUCUGAACAGCAUUACAUUCCGUGUGGCCGACUUUUUUUAAGUCUAGAAGAUCUUUCAAGCGGGAAGUACCUAGUGACGUUUCCAAAGAAACCUAUAGAACACAUGGAAGAUCUCUUCGCACUUCUUGGAACAUUGCACAAAACUUGUUUCCAGAUCGCAUCAGCCAGCUAUGCCCUGACUUCAAUGAAGGCAUGGCUCUUAGAACACAUGAAUUGUGAAGCAAUCGAACAGUUCCCAGACAUAUGCUUUUGUAAAGGGCCAGAAGGUUUAUACGGGACACUCUUCCACUGGAAACAAAGGACACUGUUUGAAGGGAUUUUAAUCGUCUACUCCAGGAAUCGAACAGCUUUGUUACAGUGCCUCCAUAAUCUCACCAGAAUUCUCCCUAUAAACUGUUUCCUCAAAAAUCUGAAGUCAGGAAGUGAGGAUUUGCUAAGUGAUCGUUUGGCAUUAACUUUGGAGAAAGAAUUGGUUAUCCUUGGUUCUCUUUCUUCUGCCUUAGUUCAGGUGGACAACAACUUGGUGGAAACAAGUAAAGAAAAGAGCAGUGAUGCUCUUGCUGCCUUAUCAGACAGAACAGAAAGCAGCCAUCCCUACAGAGAAGAGCUUCAGAGAGAAAAGCAAAUGUUGGGAAUGAACCUAAAAGUGAGUGGCGACCUUUAUAGAGAAAUGACUAUGAAAUUAGCAGAGGUUCAGCUGAAAUCAGACCUUGCUGCGCAGAAACUAAGUAGUUAAUAAUUAUAAUCUCAAUUUGAUUCUCUUUGAAAACAUUUUUUCCCUGCCAGAACGUUUUGCUUCUACUCGUUUUUAUUUUACAUUCUAUGCCUCCUUUGUAAGAAUAAAACAUGAGGCUUUUUGUAGAAUCUUUGGUUUUGAUGAUGCUCAGAAUUGCAUGCCUUAGAGCAGCAGUUCUGAACUGGGCCAUUUUGCCUCCCUUCAAACGUUUUUCCUUUUCUCCCCCCACCCCCCUGUACCCAGGGGCAUUUGGCUUGUUUGGAGACAUUUUUUAAUAGUCAGAAAGAGUGGGGAGGGUGAAGCAGGGGUGCUAUUCACAUCUGGUGGGUCGAGGCCAGGGAUGCUGCUAAAUAUCCUAGUCUGUACUCAUGAGCCCCCCUAGAAAGAGCCCACCAAAAAUGCUGAGGUUGAGAGACCCUGCCUGAGAGUGACCACAUGAGAGUGGGCACAAGUGACCUAACAGUAUUUGGUCUAAAUCUUUGAAAAAUCUUCAACAGCCCUUUUGUUGUGUCCUGCUUGGUAAAUCUGUCUUACAAAAAUUACCUUCAUGCAGAUAUACAAGGUUGUCGGGGUUCCCAACUUUGUGUAAAGACUGAAUUCCGGUGGGAAUUGCAAUGGCAGACUUUGUGGGUGCGGCUGUUGAAACAAAGUGUCUGAAACUGCUGUUAAUUUAAAUUUAAUUAGAAAGUUUCCAUGAAAUUGUUAAAGUCUAUAGACAUGUGACAAUAUUAGGGCAUUACUCUUGAAAAAGCAUCUCUCUUUCAAAGGGUUAAGCAUGCCUCACAGGCCACUAUUUUUCAAAAAUUGAAAAUGCCUUUAUAAAGCCCCCUGAAAUUCUAACUCUAGGCAAGGCUAAACUAUAAUAUUUUAACUAAAAUACUUUAAAGAAUAUGCUGUUCCUCACAGACUAAAAAAAUUUUAAAAUAAGUGGAAAUUCAGUGGGGAAGUGAUUUUUAAGGGGUUCAAUAAGACAUUUCAAAGGGGUAAAAAUUCAGCCUGUCUCCUUUUUCUGGGGGGGAGGAAGAAUUUUGGAAUAAUGAAAGGAUGUCAGGAGAGGAAAAAAUAUUCAAAAGAAAUGUUUUUGAUCCCUUUUGCUCUAAAGCCUUCGAGUGAGAUGUGGGAAAUAAAGACGGUUAUAGAAAGUGGCGUUUCAGCUUGCAGAUGGGCCGCGCUGGCCCCGCCCCCCAUGCCGUGGGAGCGCUUGUUGUUGAAUGAUCUGAUGAUGCGAAUGGAUUUUAGAGACCGUAGCUUAUUUUCUUCUCUCGCUUUUUUAUUAUUGUCCACCUAAUGUGCUAGUUCUUUUUUUAGUCAUCACUGCAAAAUGAGACAGCUCUAUUUCCAUGAAAUGUUGAUGGAAAAUAUUUCAGACCUUCUGGAAGUAAAAAUGGAAUACUUUGAGGAUUAGUUGUAGAAAUCUGGCAACAGUAUGUGUAAAUAGAUAUAUUAAAACUGUGCAUAUCAUGUUCUAAAAGAACAACCAAGGAUGAAAUUGAGGAAUUCGAGUGCAAGAUGGUGUCGUCAAAAAACUAAAUAGAAUUUAAAUGUAAUAGUUUAUCCAUAGGGGACGGGAUACUAAAAGUGGCACUUGCUUAUUUUGUUAUUGAUAAAAGCCACCUCAAGUUAUUAGUGUAGAUCAUACCAAAUAACCUCUUUACUGGUAAGUUUGGUACUUCAGUAUACUUUUCUGCUUUUCACAAACUAGAAAAGCCAACAUUUGAGGAAUCAGUGGCCUCGCCGCUCCCUCAGGAUUUGGUUGUCUGUUUCCCUCUAUAAACAGAGCCCUCUGACCACUGCCCUCGUCGUGAAUCUGAGUCCCCCCCCCCAGAAACACAGUCCUCCCGAGUCCACACUGCCGAAGUAAAAUCGAGUUUUGUUUUUCUGAACAGAGCACUCCACAGUUGUCAGACACAGGAUUUUCUGUUGUCCUCGUGAUCCUUCAGCUAAGGAAAUGUGUGCAAACCAGCUCAGGUGUGGCAUCAUUCAGUUUGAUGACCAGGUUGGGGGAAGGAGGAGGACAUGCAACAUUUAUUGACCGUGAACUAUAUGCAAAACAAUAAGCUUGAAACACACACAUGCACACAUUCAUGUUCAUGUCCACAUUAUACAUAUAUAUGGUUUCAUUAUUCACAGCAAACCAUGAAGAGUAAUUAUUAGUAUUGUCCCCAAUAUGAAAAAGAAUGUUAAACUAAUUAAGUAGCUGAACGCAAGCAACUUGAACCUGUGCCCUGGUUACCGGAUUUUUUAAAUCAGCAGACCCUUUAAGAAUUCUAAUAAUAUACCAAUGCAUCUUUUAUUGUCUUCAUAAAGUUUUGUUUCUCUUCCUUUCUUUCCCCCCCCCCCAAAAGUUUGGACAAUAUCAGAUAUUGAAAGGUAUCUCUUUUUUCUUCCUUGUACUCAAACUUGUAAAAACAUCCAUGUUCUUGCUAAUGGAGUGACCAAAAGCUGUUUCUUGGAUAAUCCCAUCCAGGGAACUUUGGACUUUCACUGCUAAAGACAUUCCGGUGCAGUGUAGAGAAUGCUGAGCCGUAAACAGCACACAUCAUUGAAUCCUUCAAGGGUUCGUUGUGUUUUCUCUUUUAGAGCUUCCUCGAUCUGUCACUCGAAUCACUUACUGCUUUAACCAAAUAGUCCUACCCUAUUGUGUUGAGUAUCUUCCUAGUGCUAAUGGUGGUCAGGCCACUUUCUAGGACCUUAUUUUGAUAAUGCUGUUGGUUUUUUAUUUAGUAGGGUAGCAGGUACUAUUCAGGUAGUAAAUGGUCAUAAGGCCAGAAAAUCAGACACCUUCUGGGCCUGCGCUGUUUGCAUCUUUCCUGUGCUACACUGCGACGAGCUACACUGGACAUAGUACACACAUGUAUAACCGUAGCUCAACGUAAUUGUCUUGAGUCCAGCUAGUAAAUUUCUUUAGCAUCUUUAACUAUCAAUUUCCCCACAGCAGCAGUGACUCUGAGAGCAUAAGUAGUGUUAUGUGCCAGUAAAGGAUACCAUUAGUAAACCCACUGAAGCAGUUAGCACUAGAUACCCAGUCAGUCUGGAGUGGGAGAGAAGUGUAGGGCACUCUAUCGAUUGCCUGUUGCAUAUUGAUUCCUUCCUUUCCUUGUACCAGAACUCUCAUUUUUUUUCCCCUGAAAAAGUUCCUUUCCCACGGUUCAUGUGAUUGGGGGAAUGGACUCCCUUCCUAGUUCCAGAAGUUGGUCCUGACUCGUCUAUGCCAGUUAGUCUAAGACAUUUCUCUGGUGACUGUUACUGGUUUGGGAUGGGCAUAGGACCUGCACUGGGUCCAGUUGGACUGAGGAGAAGCACUUAGUUCUUUGGCGAGGAAGAGGUUCCCUUCCUGUCCAGCUGGAAAGAAGUAGGUGGCCCUAAUUUAAAAACUCGAGCCCUGGCUGGUGUAGCUCAGUGAAUUGAGUGUGGGCCUGUGAACCAAAAGGUUGCUGGUUUGAUUCCCAGUCAGGGCACAUGCUUGGGUUGUGGGCCAGGUCCCCAGUGGGGGGUGCACAAGAGGCAACUACACAUUGAUGUUUCACUCCCUCUCUUUUUCCCUCCUUUCCCUCUGCCUAUAAAAACAAAUACAGUCUUUAAAAAGUUAAUGAAAUAAAAAGUUGAGUUACCUUAUAAUCACAGGAAAUUAGCCUUUCUAAUGAAUCUUACACUAUAGACUGCAUGAUUGUUUUAUUGUGCCACAGAUCAAGCCUAAACUCACCCUUUCCUGGGACUGCCUCUCACUUCAGAAAAAAAUAACCUGUUAACAGAAAUCAAGGUUUCUAUUACUUGCAGGGAAGAAAAUUUCUCACUCCUGGAAAUGGGAAAAAAAAACCCCAGAGAACGAAGCUGCCCAUUGUACACACGCAGUCCCAGGACAGGAAGAGUUUACGGCAGAGGCAGGGCGCUUGUGUUUGCUGAAAGGAGGGGAGAAAGGAACGCAAACCCAAACCCUCUGACUCCCGCAUGCGCCUUUCACACCUUUCCCUGGCUCACUAGGCUUCUUUCCUGAUUUUUUAGCUCACAACUCAAAUUAGCUCAUAUCGCAUAGUAUUU